CAUCUGCCAAACAUGCAAUGACUUUACCAACCACCACAUCUUCCUCUCGCUUUACCUAUUGCAACUGCUCAGAACAAUAUGUUGGGAGAAGCCGACGCAAAGUUCCCUACCACUGAAGCACAUGGUCUUCCCCCAUCACCAUCGAGAGAGAACCCAGGCCAGGUCUUCCCCAAGUCCGAUCCCCAUGCCGCCCCCGAAUCUACCGUCCCAGGCACCGGCACCACCCAAGAAUCUGGCGCCCUAACAGGCAACCCGUUCCUCCUCGAGAGCGCGCUCGCCAAGCUCGACACCGCGAUCGGCGACGUCAUCGCCAUCAUCCGCGACGAGACCGCCGCCCAGGGGAGCGCGUCCUCCCGGCAGAACGCGUUCCUGAAGAGCCUCGAGAACAUCAAGGCCGAGGCCGGCGGCGUGCGCGCGACGGCUGGCGAGGGGCCGAGGGCGCAGGGGGCUGCAGCGGGCAGCGAUUCGGCGCAGGCGGGCGGGCUGUUUGUGGACUAGAGGUGCAGCGCUGGGUAGAUGAACUGGUUGGUAUGCAUACGGACGACGAGAUGCGGACAACGCCCACUCGCGCGCGCGCGUUAUACUAUGAUUGUACAACCAAAUCAUACACUAGAUUCCACUCUUAAUCGCCCUUUAUGAACCCGCAUUGUCCAACAUUAGCAGGCGAGCAUUAUGUGCAAGUAGUAAUUGGAUUAAUUUACGCCAGG